AAGUCAACAGUCACGUACGGUUCAAACCUCACACUUGCUUGCUCUGUGAGCAGCUUUCCAGCUCUCAUCUCCCUCACUUGGAGCCACCGGCACGACGACCGACAUAAAGGUCACGACACCAUAGCAACAUCGACAAUGCAAACACCGCCCAUGGCUCCAUCGAUACUGUACAACUGGACAAUCACCCUUGACCUCGAGUGGGUUGCCAAAAUCGACGGGGGCGACUACGAGUGCAUCGCAACGUACGCCCGUGAACCACACGGGAACACAAGCAGCAUGGAGUCGGUCGGCAGUGUGUCGGUGGAUGUUGGCAGUAGUGCGGACGAAGAGGCAGCCCCCAUCCCCUCCGCCUUUGCCAAGAACAGCCUUGUGUGGAUCGCCAGCACAGUGAUUGCCGGUAGUGUCGUGAUCGCUAUGGCAACGUACAUGCUGGUGAAGUCGUCACACAGGAAGCGGAGCACCUCCCUCUCCAUUGCACUUACGGAUCAUGAGAGUGUAACGAGCACCAUGAUGCAUAACAUGAACCGCUGCACGAGCACAACACUGACGACGCGUCAAGCGUAUUCCCGUUCCGCGGCUCUAUUUCAGCGCUUCGGCUUCUCCAGGAAGACGCCUUUGCCGGAAACGCCAUCGUGCAGCAGCGGAAUGGACGCGGUGAGCUCCAGAAUCUCCAGCACUGAGAUGGUCGAGUCGGAGAUGCUAUGCACGGCAUCGUUCCAUCAGCAAGCGGCUUACAGCUCUACAGGAAACACUUCGACGGCGGCGAGACGAAACUCGGCGGAUGCAGCACUGAAUCGGUACGAGUGUAGCAGCCGACGACGCAUCAGCAACGAUUACAACCGCUUCCCGCUGCGGUCAAAGUCCCUGCAUCUGAAAAAAGAACUCGUCGUCGGCUCCUCGCCCAACUAUGACGUGAUGCAAAGCGGAAUCCAGCACCCGACCGCGUCCGUGGACUCAGACCUGGUCGCUUCUCAGAAUGUCGGCAAUAAGAGCGGUGUGGGAUCUGACACCGAGUACUCCUGCUACAAUAUUAUUAGCAACCGAAAACGCCUCAGUACAGAGAUUUCUGUGCUGCCACCGUUGGAUAAGCGCGAUUCACAGGAUAGUGAAGGUAGGCCUUCUGCUUGGUUUUCACAAGACAUUCUGGAGUCAGAGAACAAUGUUGUCGGGUGA